UGCAAAUGCCACGUUUCUAGUAGGUGUUUUGUCCGCUGUAGCAUCCUAAUGUAGUACGUGUAUUUCCCCCAGGCUUGUCGGAUGGACCCCUUUCAUGAGUGGCCUGACGGUAACGUCCGCCUGGUGUUCGACGCUAGCGACACGGACGCGCGGAAACACGUGAGCGGCUGGGCCAUGCGCAACACCAACAACCACAACUGUCACAUCCUCAAGAAGUCGUGUCUGGGAGUUCUGGUCUGUGCACUGCACUGUACAACUCCUGACGGCGGCAAAAUACACAUGCGACCUGCCAUAUGUGACAAGGCUAGGAAGAAACAAUUAGGUAAGCAGUGCCCGAACGGUUCGUGCCAGGGCCGGCUGGAGCUGAUGCCGUGCCGCGGACACUGCGGCUAUCCCGUCACGCACUUCUGGCGCCAGGAGAACAACGUCAUCUUCUUCCAGGUGACUGACCUCACCCUAUCUUUACAUCUCAUGGACCUGUUUGGACUUUAA